GAGAGCCGCUGGUUCAGGCAAGGAUAGAGAGCGUCCUCGGCUGAACUCCACAUGCAAAGCUACAAAUAGGAGCUGCGGCGUUCAAACGGGGCACAGUCGAGCCAGGAAAGGUAGCAGCACAGCAGAUGACAUUCUGUAACAGUUUACACCUUGUGACACGUUUAAUUUCCUAAAUCCUUCAGUCUACUGAAAAACAAACAAACAGCUGCCUUCACUUGGAAGCAAACGCUUUUCGCUUUAACCUGUAAUUUUUCCCAGGAUAGGACUUCUGAGAUCAUUUUAAAGGUGGAGGUGUUAUACAAACAAAGCUGAAGCUGGCCUAAAUUAAAAAGGAGACUCGUGUGACUUGACAGUUUUAUUCCAAGUAUGUUUGAAGAAGGUUCUCAAGAAAUGAGAGAGCAGAAUGCAGGGGUGCUGCCAGCUGUGGAGGCUGUGAGCACAGGAAUGCUAGGAUUAGAUGUGGCAACCCAAAGCAGCACAAUGUCUUUCACAGAGGAGGCUGUCUCCAUUCUAACAUCGAGCAGCCUGCUGGCUCGCUCAUUGUUAGGCCGUACAUCAGCAUUAAAACGCAAAGAGGUGACCCCGGGUGGAAGCACACUGAGGCGUAAGCGUGAGUUCAUCCCCCAGGAGAAGAAGGAUGAAGGGUACUGGGACAAGCGCAAGAAGAACAACGAAGCAGCCAAGCGCUCGCGGGAGAAGCGGCGCGUCAAUGACAUGGUGCUAGAGAACCGUGUACUUGGGCUGCUUGAGGAGAACGCCAGGCUCAGAGCAGAACUGCUAGCACUCAAAUAUCGCUUUGGCUUGGUUAAAGAACCCUCGAAUGCAAGCAUCCUUCCGCUAACUACCACAACCCCGUGUGUUCCUCAAGCUGCCAACUCACAUUAUUACCUACUCCGCGAAGAUGGGCUUCACCCCAGUACUACUGUGGUGCCCCAUCCGAAUUCCACUCAGACUCUAUUCCAUGUGGGACGAGGUAUCAGGGAGAAUGGCAGCAUGUCCGAGGACUCAGGCUUCUCAACUCCUGGAGGCUCCAGUGUUGGAAGUCCUGUGUUUUUUGAGGACCGGCUGAGCGAUCAUGGCAAACUGUCUCCAAACAGAUCUGAUGAGUUGGGCUGUGAAUAUCACCACUCUCCUGCCCCUGAUACACUUGUGGCACAAGUGUCAACAACACACACCUCCACAGUCUCUGGAAAUGGAGACUCAGUGGAAGGUAUGAAGAGUCUCCCACACAAAUUACGCUUCAAGUGUCCAGGCAGCGGUGAUGGCGAGAACUCCAGUGAAAGACGUAGUCCAGUGCAGCACACAGGAGGACGGGAAAACCCCAGAAAUCAUUUCCCGUUUGGCCUGGGUGAAGGGGCUCGGCUCUGGUCACAGCAUGAAGGAGAUGAAUCUCGAAAAAUACUCCCUCAUCAACACAGCGGCCCAGUGGGUGGUUUCAGCAGUGGUCAGCCACAUGGGAACCACAGCGAGGCAUAUUACCAUGCUGAGAACAGUAUGCUUAAAUCUCAGCUUAGCUCCCUUGGCGAGGAAGUGGCACAGCUCAAGAAGCUCUUCUCUGAACAGCUCUCUAAAAUGAACUAAAAUCUCAGCUCUCUACAACAGACUCAGUAUAGGGAGCUUGGUCUUUCCGAGCCAGACCAAACCAUAAACAAUAAAUCAUAAGGUGGUUAUUCAGAACAGUGUUGAAACUGAAUUGUAAGGCAUGGUCAUGACUCUAGUAGUCCUAGACUAUCCUUCAGAUUCUUUAACUAGUUUCAUGACAGGAAGAGAGAAUAAAAGUAGGCAGGGUUCGUGUGAGAUGGAGAUAAAGUAUGGAUAUCACUGUAUGUGUAACCCCUCAUACCAGGGAGAGGACGUUUCUUGCUCUACCAGCAGGCUCUUACCUAUAAGACUUCAGUCAUUCCACACAGACAUUACUGCUAAACUCCAGUGGGUCACCAAACCAAAGCGUAUCAUCCAUAUUUAGCACAACAUUCCCAUGUUCAGUGACAGCUCUGCUGAUGUAUGUCAGGUUUAUGGAUUUGAAAAUGCAUAGGAUAUUAAUUUGGUGCUGAUUGUGUUUACAGGUAAAUAUCCCAUCUGUCAUCGAUUUAAUUUUUUUUUUCUUUUUUUUUUCAGUGUGCAAAUACUAAUGACUGCACCAAGCUUUCAUUAAAUGGAGAAAAAAAUUAGGAAAGACCAAAAUAGGUCUGGAGUAUUUUUGCUAUUAUUUUAGAUUGGUACAAUUUUAUUAAUAAUAAUAAUAAUAAUAAUAAUAAUAAUAAUAAUAAUAAUAAUAAUACAUAUUUGUAUAGCACCUUUCUUAAACUCAGUGUCACUUUAUACAGCAUCAGUAAAAAAAAAUACAAUCAAUCAUGAUGUGUCAUGAUUUGUCAAGAUGAAUUGUUGGAAUGCAGAAUAUCAUAGUAUCAUAGCCCAACACAUUACAUAAAUGCCUUUUCCUGAAUUUCCCCCCUUUAUACUGCUUGUUACUGCCAUCUGAAAUCAGGAUUGUAUGUAACUAGUAAUUAAAACUACACUGUAAUGUGUAUAAUGGUGGCAAAAACCUGUAUUGCCUUGUGUAUUUAUGUGUGUGUUCAGUGUUUUUAUAUGUGAAUAAAUAUUUG